AUGAUCACAACACACAAGCUAUACCUGCAUCCUGCCUUAGUCAAGGAGAUCCAUUUUAAAAAUGUUAUCGAGAUAACUGCACGGGUUUACCUGGAGAAUGCAGUGCCCUGUGAUCAGACACUGACUGAGGGCUUCCCACCUGGAGCCUCGGGCCCCUCGGAGGGAGGGGCGGGCCGGACCCUCCUCCCUCAGGUGGGCCUCCUCCGGGGCAUUCCGCAUGUGGGCCCACCUCAGAGCAGAAGUCUGUACUGGCCAACGGCAGGUAGCUGGCUAGAGACACGGACCAAAAGCGCCCAAAAGCCUGGGGCCACCCCGGGGGCGGCCUCAGGAGCCUGGCCCAACCCAACAGCACCUCUGCAGGAGCUCUUGUGGUCCGGAGGCUGCCGGAAAGGCAGAGGGAGAAGGGCUGAAGAGGGUGGAAGGCCUGAGUGUGGGCGUUACGCUAAGGCUGGGGUUCUUAACCUGGCAGCUGUGAGUCAGGAUUAG